AACUUAUUAAUGAUCUUGUUCGAGAGCUUUCUAUUAAGCUGAAGAAGAGACAAAAGGUUCUUCCCGAUCAUUUAGUCGGAAUUGAUGAUCGGGUUGAAGACGUGAUGUGGUUGCUGGACUGCGGCUUCCUGGACGUCCGAUAUAUUGCUUUGCACGGGAUGGGAGGAAUUGGCAAGACAACACUUGCCAAGACGGUUUUCAACAAGAUAGCUCAUCUGUAUGAUGGUUGCAGCUUCCUUUCAAACGUCCGAGAGUUCACAAACCGACAAAGACAUCAUAAGGAUGCAAAACAAACUGUUAUCCGAUAUCCUCAGGAAGCCUAUAGAUGUCCAUGACAUCGACGACGGUAUUGACAUGAUAACAGAAAGAUUCCGCAGUAAGAAGGUCCUUAUUGUUCUUGACGAUAUAGAUAAGCUAGAGCAGCUCACGAAACUGAAGGGGAACUCUGGCUGGCUUGGCCCAGGAAGCAGGGUUAUUGUCACAACUAGAAAUGUGGAUCUUCUGCCAUUUCUUUCUAAAGAGUAUUAUGCUUAUGAGAUGAUGGAGAUGAAUACUUGCCAUGCUCUUCAACUUUUCAGCAAGCAUGCCUUCGGAGAAACCCUACCUCCAGAUGAUCGCGAAACCCUUUCCAAUGAAAUAGUGGCUACUACCCGAAGAAUUCCUUUGGCUCUUGAAGCGUCAGGUUCUUUCCUCCGAGGCAAAAGCCCCGAGGUAUGGGCAGAAACAUUGGAGCGUUUAAGGAAAGUUCCUGAUAGGAGAGUCCAAGAGACGUUAAGGAUAAGUUAUGAGGCAUUAAGCUUUGAGGAGAAGCAAAUUUAUUUGGACAUUGCAUGCUUUUUCAAUGGCAUGGAGAGCACAUCCGCAAUAUAUGUGUGGAAAAGUUGUGGUUAUUUCCCUGUAAGCGGACUUGCUACUCUCACGGGUAUGUCUCUGUUGAAGAUAGACCAUCGCAACAUUCUUCAGAUGCAUGACCUGAUCAGAGAUCUUGGAAGGGAAAUUGUUCGAGAGGAGAAUUAUCUGAAUGCAGGAAGCCGAAGCAGGUUGUGGGAAUCUGAGGAAUGCCUUUGCGUACUUCGUGAACAGGUUGAUUACCAGAGAAAGAGCAAUGUGGAAUCACUUAGGCUACGAUUCUCUGAGGCACAGAUGCUCACAAGUCAAGAAUUUGCUUCUGUACCAAACCUAAGGCUUCUUAGUCUUGACCGGGGAAACUUCACUGGAGAUUUUAAGGGUCUUCUCUCAUUAUUGAAAUGGCUAUCUUUGCGUAACUGUCCUGCUCACUUUAGAGUGACCAAUUUCUCUCCAAGAAAUCUAGCUGUUCUCAAGCUUUCUAAUAGUGAACUUAGAGACGAUUGGCCCGGAUGGCACCAAUUCAUGAAAGCACCUCAGUUGAAAGUUCUGGAGCUUGAAGAAUGCAGCCACUUAACUAGAUUGCCUGACCUCUCUUCCCUCUCGACAUUGGAAAGAUUGACUAUACGAAAAUGCCAUAACUUGGUUGACAUUGGUGAAUCAAUUGGUAAGCUAGUACACCUGAAUUACAUGGAAAUCAAUGCAUGCAAACGCCUGAAAGCGUUGCCUGAAGAAGUUGAUUGUUUAAAGGCUUCGAAAGGUCUGAUUGUGAUGGUGGUAAUACUUGGUCCGGUUGGUUCAUAUCUUCCCCAGUUGAUCGGUGAUCAACAGUCUUUGACAAGGCUAGAGAUGGAAAGUGUAAGAAUUAGCGAACUUCCAGACUCAAUUGGGAAAUUGGAAUCACUACUUGAGUUGGAUCUGUCUUGUACAAAGGUAACAAAAUUACCUAAUUCAAUUGGAAACCUGAGAAAGUUGAAAGAAUUAGCGAUGGGAAGGGCAAGAAUUAGCAAACUUCCACACUCGAUUGGAGAGCUAAAGAACCUUAAAGGCUUGCAUUUGUCCGGAUGUGAUGAGCUAAGAGAGCUUCCAGACUCAAUUGGGAAAUUGCAAUCACUACUUGAGUUGGAUCUGUCUUGCACAAAGGUAACAGAAUUACCUGAUUCGAUUGGAAACCUGAAAAAGUUGAAAGAAUUAGUGAUGAUAAAUGUAAGAAUUAGCAAACUUCCACACUCAAUUGGAGAGCUAAAGGACCUUAAAAGCUUGCGUUUGUCCAGAUGUGAUGAGCUAAGAGAGCUUCCAGACUCAAUUGGGAAAUUGGAAUCACUACUUGAGUUGGAUUCGUCUUGCACAAUGGUAACAGAAUUACCUGAUUCGAUUGAAAACCUGAAAAAGUUGAAAGAAUUAGUGAUGGAAAAUGUAAGAAUUAGCAAACUUCCACACUCAAUUGGAGAGCUAAAGGGCCUUGAAAGGUUGCGUUUGUCCAGUUGUAAAGAGCUAAGAGAGCUUCCAGACUCAAUUGGGGGAUUGGAAUCACUACUUGAGUUAGAUCUAUCUUAUACAAAAGUAACAGAAUUACCUGAUUCGAUUGGACGCCUGAGGAAGUUGAAAGUGAUAUGGAUAAGUCAUAGUGAGAUAAAGAGGAUCCCAGGGACUGUAGGCAUGGUGGAGAAGCUUGAAGAAUUUCAUGCUGAACACUGUGUGAAUUUGAAGGGAAAGAUUCCUAGUGGAAUUGGGAGUCUAUCCUCUCUGAAAAUCCUGAACUUAUCUCACACUUGUAUUAGAUCUGUGCCAACAACAAUCAACCAGCUUUCUCAUCUCCAAGAACUUUGUUUGGAAGGUUGCCAUAAGCUUAAACAAAUCCCAGAGCUUCCUGCCAGUUUGAUUAUCCUAAGUGUUGAGUGUCGCUUACUAAAGACAGUCCCAAACCUCUCAAAUCUGGCCAAUUUGGUCAAUUUAACUAUAUCCAACUACUCUGGGGAAUCUCAUUCUAACCCAUGGGUUGCUGAUUCUAUCCAAACUCCAAACCUGGAGUGGGUUGGGAGGUUGUUAAGACUGGAGAAGCUGAAACUGGUUCAUAAAAGCAUCAUUGUACCGCCAACCGAGUUAGCUCCCUUUCCUCACCUGGCACAACCAGGUCUGUCCUGUUUCGACCUGCAAUCCCUCCCUCAGCCACUUCCUUCUGCUCUCUCCACAUUGAAGCUUAUAAACUUCAAUUCAUUGGCUAAAUUAUCGCCCUGUGCUGACUUGAAAAAUUUGUCAAGUUUGGAGCUAUGUAAAUCGUGGCUAACAGAAAUUCCACUCAAUUGGUUUGGACACUCGGAGAAUCUGAGGGAACUGACCAUGUCGAACUGCACAAAUCUGAGGAAGUUAUCCUGUCUGUCAGGCUUGAAGAAGCUCAGAGCGGUGUGUUUGUUGAACUGCCCCAGGCUAGUUGAAAUCCAAGACCUCGAAGAACUGGAAUUGCUGGAAAGUAUAAGGAUUGACCAGUGCAGUUCCCUGGUAAGGUUGCCUAGUCUCUUGAAGUUGAAGAAGUUGAGGACCAUGGAAUUUAUAUCCUGCAGAUCAUUAGUGAGUUUGCCUUUUCUAUCUCGGGUAGCUUCUGAAGAUUGUCAUCUAGUAGUUGAUGGAUGCGACAAGCUAGCCAACCACAAUGGCCCUUGCCAGCUUCACAGAUACGAAAGGCAAUGUCCAAACCCCAUUCGUGCCUAUGAACCAGGGGAUAGACAACAUUCGCCUUGGCCUGUUUCCAUAUAG